ACGAGUUACCUAUAACACAGGAACGUAUGCACAAUAUUAACAAUCGCAAGUGCAUAUUAUUUUUAAACAAUAAAGAGUCUUCAUCAUAUGUUUUAAUUAUGUAAUUUAUCGAAAUAUAGUAUAAAUAGUCGAGCAGAAAUUCGAUUUCUCCAAGAAAUAUCAUUUAUUUUUUUAUAAUGGUUGUUAAAUUCAGUUAUCGUUAAAAAAAUAUUUUAAUUUUAAAAUGUUUUUGCAGCGAGAGACGAAUCGAUCAACGGCGAGUUGUUACAUAAUUUGAUGACCACUAGUCAAGACACAAAUGGUCCUCGCUAUACGUAACUCUCGGUGCAUCUAAACAAACGUCAUUGUCCGUGUUUCUUUUUUUUAACAAAUUUCCAAAAAUACGCGUCGAUUAUGUAACGCGUCAUCGUAACGCGCGUUAUACAAUCGCGGGGGUGGCGAGCGGAAAAAGUCGACGUUUCGGGGAGGGCAAAAUUUUUUUUCCACACUAUAGGCAUAUAUUUCUUUUUCUUUUUUUUUUUCGUCUAAAACGCAGCGUAAACGCGUAUAUAGACGCGGGGGAAUAUUCCAUCCCUGGGAAAAAGAAGAAUCGGCCCGACGUGACGUAGGCCAAGGCAGAGGCUACGCAGUCCGGAGUUAGGCCGGCUCCGCGCCUCCCCCUCACCCGAUUGAGAGAUCAUCGGUGCGUCACCGUGCGUGUCAGCGUGCGAGCUGCUAAUAGCGGAAUCACCGCCGCCGCGAGCGACCGACCGGUUGGUGUGGGUUUGGUGGUUGACUGAUCCGCGGUCUUUCCCGUACGUCGUCCGGCACGCCGCCGCCUAAUCGGAGCGAAGCGGAGCAUAUACCGUGGCCGUAGCAGCGCGGCGCAGUGUAGCGAAGAGGAGCGAGCGCGAGCGUGCUGAGCGUGCGUCGUCGAGUCUCUCUAGGACAGCCAGCCAGCCGGUGGUGGCCACACACAAUCAGCGCGAUGGUCGUCAAGAUCUACGUAUCGGGUAUCAGCGGCAACAAGGAAGUGAAGAAAAGACAGCAACGUGUGAUGAUGAUUUUAGAUAGUAAAAACGUAGAAUAUGAGGUCAUUGAUAUAACCGAACCAGGCAAGGAAUAUGAGAAGGAAUUUAUGCAGGCCCAUAGUAAUGCUAGGAACAACAAGUAUCCAUUGCCACCACAAAUAUUUAACGAGGAUGAUUAUUGUGGCGAUUAUGAAGAUUUUGAUUUAUCAAAUGAAAUGGAUGAACUGGAAAAGUUUCUGAAAGUAACAUCAGCAGUCAGUACUGCAGAAAUUACUCUCGAUUCAAAAUCACAGAGUGAUGGAAUUCAAGAAAAUGGAAAUACUUCAAGUCGAGAGCCUUCCGCAGAUAAAGAAGCAGAUAUACUUUCUGACAGUUUACCAGAAAGGACAACUCUGAGAAGCGAGACUAAAGCGUUAGAUGACUCUAAACCAACCGAAGUAGAUAGCGCGGCAAAAGUUAUCGCUAGCGAUGAAGGUGAAAAUGCUGAAGAUAGUGGCGAUAAAAAUGAAGAGAAAUCUGACGACCAAGAAAAAGAGGAAUAGAUACAAGAUAUACCCAUGUAAAGUUGGGAUAUUCCACACAAUGACAUCCUUCCUUUUCCACUCACAAACUAUUUUGCAAAGCUACGUUUAUUACAUUACUAAGGCUGAAUGAAGGUACUGCCAAGAUAAUAUUCUGCAUUGCAGAAAGUCUGUUGAGUGAUCAGUAUAAAUGACGCAUGAGACAUUCUUUUAUAGAAUAUACUUUGUAUUUUUAGAUCAAACGCGUCUGCACCAAAUGUUUUGAAACAGGUCUGAUUAGGUGGUAUGAGACAAUUCCUUCAUAUCGCUAUCUUUAUGUACAUCCUCACGUUUGUUUAUUAUUUUUGCAUUGUUUCGCACCGCACUAUACCUGAUACAUUAUAGCAUAUCCGAUAACUGAAGUACAUAUUUUUCUUUUACAUGUGCAACUUUCUCGUUAUUUUGUUGCCGCGUGCAAAACGUACAAAAAUAAAUUUAGGCUAUAGCAACACAUACAUAUACACUAUAUCAUUUGAGAUAUACGAGAACAGAUAUAUAGAUAAAUAUGUAUUAUAAUUGAACUUUUUUUAUUUUUAGAUAUAAUUGAUUUGUUACAUGAGAAAAAUUUUGAUAUUUGUAUUAUUAUACUUUUAAAUGAACGUGACAGUAUUAAAGAUGAAUUCGACUUGUUCUGAAAAUUUUUAUUUGACCAUUUUAUUUUUUGUGUUACGAUAAUGUCUUUCCAAAUAUGCUUUAAGAAGUCAUCAAUUUCUUAAUUGUGUAUUAAAUAUACUUAAUGGACUUAAUUGUGUAUUAAAUAACACUAGAAGUAGUUAUUAGAAGAAACAAAAAAAAGUCCAUUUUUAAAUUUUUGAUUGAAUUAUAAAUAUUUUUUUCAUAAGCUUCCAUUUUCUACUCAGGACAAGAUUACGCUGGUAGAUAUGACUCAUAUUUCGUGACAUUCAUUGAUGUGUGUAUAUGACUCAUACUUGUUAAAUGCAGUCUAUUCAGUCAUUAAAAUCUUUGUAUCUAAAAUCAAACGAUUAAGUUCUUUAGAAUUUUUUUUUUUUUUUAAUUGGUUUCCACAAAAAUGUUUGUAAAUUAUAUUGUAAUAAUAUUAAAAGUUCAAAAC